AUGCUCCUGGGGUCUCCCAGCCUUCGGAGCAGCCCUGGCCGGCACGGGGGGGGGCUGGCCCUCGGGGGGGCGUGGCCUGCUGGGGCUCCCCGGUCCGGCACCCUUUCGAGCCCCAGGAAGGAAGGAAGGAAGGAAGGAGGGAAGACGCUCCAGGAGGCGGGGAGGGUUUCACCCCCCAAAGGAGAGCCACGCCGGGCGGGAGCGCAGGACUCUCAGCUGCAGCGGCGGCGGCGCACCCUCGGGAGACCCGAAGGGACAGGUCGGGGUGGAGGGUCGCGGGGGGUCCGUCGGGGCGGCCCGGAGUCCAGCCACGGCCCCGCCCACGCCUUCGGGGGAGGCCGGACGAGCGGGCGUUGCAGCCCCGCGGCGCUAGAUGGCGCUCUCGGGCUGAGCGACGCCCGCCAGGGAAUCCUCGGUCCGGCAGCGGCGCCUGCGGUUGCUGGGCGACAGCCAAGGGGCGGGGGCGGGGGCGCUGCAGCGAUAGAGGACUGGACGGCUAGAGGGGACGUCGGAGGAGAGGAGGGCAGGGGCACUUCCUGUUCCGGCUUCCGCCUGGGGGAGCGGCUGGAGGGGUGCCGCGUGGUCUGGCCGGGCCGGAGCAGCCGCCGCAGCUGCGGGAGAAUAUCAGUGGUGGAAAAGCCCCACAGAGGUGCAUUUUGUGGGAAAAGCACAGAUUAUAGAUCACAGCUGAUCAUGCACAAGAGAACUCACACCAGCGAGAAGCCCUAUCAAUGUUCUCAGUGCGACAAAAGCUUUAGCAAGCAUGCUGAUUCCCACCUGGUGAUACACCAGAGGACUCACACAGGAGAGAAACCGUAUGAGUGUCCGGAUUGUGGCAAAAGUUUCAUUUGGAAUUCCAAAUUGGUGAUACACCAGAGGACUCACACAGGAGAGAAACCGUAUGAGUGUCCGGAUUGUGGGAAAAGUUUCAUUUGGAAUUCCAAAUUGGUGAUACACCAGAGGACUCACACAGGAGAGAAACCAUAUGAGUGUCUGUAUUGUGGAAAAAGUUUCAGUCGGAAUUCCCACCUGGUGAGACACCAGAGGACUCACACAGGAGAGAAACCGUAUGAGUGUCCAGAUUGUGGGAAAAGCUUCAGUCAGAAUUCUCAGCUGGUGAUACACCAGAGGACUCACACAGGAGAGAAACCGUAUGAGUGUCUGGAUUGUGGGAAAAGUUUCAGUUGGAAUUGCCACCUGGUGAUACACCAGAGGACUCACACAGGAGAGAAACCGUAUGGGUGUCCGGAUUGUGGGAAAAGUUUCAGUUGGAAUUCCAAACUAGUGAUACAUCAGAGGACUCACACAGGAGAGAAACCAUAUCAGUGUCCAGAUUGUGGAAGGAGUUUCAGUCGGAAAUCCAGGCUGGUGAUACACCAGAGGACUCACACAGGAGAGAAACCGUAUGAGUGUCUGGAUUGUGGGAAAAGUUUCAUUUGGAAUUCCGACCUGGUGCAACACCAGAGGUUUCACACAGGGGAGAAACCGUAUGAGUGUCUGGAUUGUGGGAAAAGUUUCAGUCUGAAGUCCACCCUGGUGAUACACCAGAGGACUCACACAGGAGAGAAACCCUAUGAGUGUCUGGAUUGUGGGAAAAGUUUCAGUUUGAAGUCCAGCCUGGUGAUACACCAGAGGACUCACACAGGAGAGAAACCAUAUGAGUGUCCAGAUUGUGGGAAAAGUUUCAGUCUGAAGUCCACCCUGGUGAUACACCAGAGGACUCACACAGGAGAGAAACCAUUUGAGUGUCUGCAUUGUGGGAAAAGUUUCAGUUUGAAGUCCACCCUGGUGAUACACCAGAGGACUCACACAGGAGAGAAACCGUAUGGGUGUCUGGAUUGUGGGAAAAGUUUCAGUCGGAAUUCCGAACUGGUGAUACACCAGAGGACUCACACAGGAGAGAAACCAUAUGAAUGUCCAGAUUGUGGGAAAAGUUUCAGUGCUAGGUCUAGCCUUAUAAAUCAUGUAGCUUUACACAUAGGAGAGAAACCAUUCAAAUGCCCAGACUGUGGACGGUGCUUCACACAAAAUUCCUACCUUAACAGGCACAAGAAAAUGCACAUGAGGCAGAAGGUGAUGAGUGUAGCGAAGGCUUGAAUUUCACUUAUCUCCCAUUGGUCAUCCACCUGAAAAAUGACUUUGCAUAUGAUCCCUUUGCAGAAGGACACUGAAGAGCCGGGACCAGGCCGGGGGUGGGGAGGAAGCAAGAGGCUCUUUUGGCCUGAGCCUCCAAAUCCGAGUGGCUUUGAAUUUAAAGGUCUGCAAAGUUGUUUAAAAUACUCAAAUUAUAUUUAAUUUUGUCUUC